AGCAGCAGAGUCGAGUCUGCCUCCUCUUCCGUCAAAGUUGCUGCUGAUGUCGCUGGUCGACUAAAAGCAAACCUUUCGCGGGAAAAGGUUGACAGGUGAACAAAGCCUGAUAAAUCGACUUGAAACUUGAAGUUUUGAACACUUUACUAGAGAUUGAACCGAAAGGAUAUCGGUCAUGAAGAACUUGUCUAUGCCAUUGUGCGCUCGAGCGCUUUUCUUGACUCAACUUUUGGCUUCAUUUCUCUUCAGCCCUGCACUAGGUCAGAGUGAUGGCAGUGGUGUGGUGGUGGCCAUGUACAAUAUCAGCGCACCCCAGGGCUCUCAGGCGGUAUUGCAGUGUCAUAGUCAGCGCAUGGUGUGGACACAAGACAGGCUAAAAGACCGCCAGCGGGUCGUGCACUGGGAUUUACUUCGAAGUGGACCAGAUCAUGCCAUGGAACGGAUUGUAGACAUGUUUUCUGCUGGAGAUCAACGAAUCUACAAUGGCUACAACCAGGGACGCAUUAGCAUGUCCAAAACGGCUUUUAAAGAUGGCAACUUCUCAAUGGUAAUCAAAGAUGUUGUAACGAGUGACAAAGGGAUCUACUCCUGUAACCUGCAUCAUCACUACUGUCACCUGUAUGAGUCAAUCAAAAUUCAGCUCAAUGUCACCAAAUCAGCACGUAAGGAGAGGCGGUUUUGGGAUGGUCAGAAAGCGGUGUAUGUGGUUUUGGUGGGCAGCACGGUAGUUCUCCCUUGUAUUAACCGGCGUCCCAUCUGGACAGAGGGCAACAGUCAAGAGGACCAGCAACAGGUGGUGCACUGGGAUCGUCAGCCUCCGGGGGUCCGGCAUGACCGCGCUGAUCGGCUCAUCGACCUGUACGCCUCCGGGGAGAGGCGUCAUUACGGGCCACUGUUUGUUCAGCAGAAGAUGAAUAUUUCAGCCACAGCAUUCACACAGGGGGAUUUCUCCCUCAUCAUCUCCAACAUCCAGCUUCUAGAUCAGGGGAUUUACUCCUGUCAUCUGCACCAUCACUACUGCGGCCUGCACGAGAGACGCAUCUUCCAGCUUACUGUGAGCCCACCGGUCCCUCAGGAGCCCACAGAUGAACCUCAGUUUCUUCCCAAUGAAGACCCAAACACCAAUUUGGUGGAAGUGCCUCCACAUGUUAUCAACGUCAUCCUAUCAGAGCAAAGCACUCACUUCCUGCAGCAGCUGGGCUACAUCCUGGCAACUCUCCUCCUAUUGGCCCUCAUCAUGCUGGCUAUCGUUCUCCUCACACGGCACCAGAAAAAACAAGGGCAAGAUUAUGAUCCACGGAAAGUUGAAAGCCCACCUCUGCCGACUGUGUCGUAUGUAAGCCACACGUCACUUGUUAAGGAAGAAUGUGAGCGUAGCUAUCCAGACAUGAGGCCAAGCAUGCUGGAGGAGACAAAACUAGACUACAAGAACAAUCUUCUGAAGGAAGCAGAAAUGUCCAAAAUCUGCUCCCCAAAAGUCAUUGACCUGGACAGAGAGAUGGAGAAAGCUUCUUGGAAAUGAGAGGUACUUUGCCACUGGCUGGUCCAGGGGCAGAUUGAAAAUGGAAGAAGAAUGAAAUGCUGAGAGGCAAGAGUGUGGCAAGGGAAUAAGAGGAAAAGAAGGAGAGAAGGACACAGCUGUACAAUUUUUUUUUCUGACUCAAGAUCAUCCACUGCUCUCGUGAAGCUUGCAGGAAGCAAAAGAGUCUCACCAGCAGUAUUUUGGAUGACUGAUUUAUUAGAAUAAUGGCAAACAAACAUUUUAGAGCACUAAUAAUACCACAGUCUGCAUUUUAUUCCCUAAAUUUGCCACACGCUCUAUGAGUGAGAAGUAAACACACGCAGACUGAUGUGUUCUGAGUGUCUGAAUGUUUAUAAUGGGAGAUUUGCAACAUUUUGUACAGUUUUAAGAUGAGGAUUCAUUCAAAUCAGUAUGGCCACAAAUUUUGCAAAAGCUAUAGCUGCAUCACAUCUUUUUUUUCAACAGGUUUAAGCUGUGCAUUCAUAAAUCUAGCAUUACACAAACUUAUAAACAAGCAUAAAAUGGAUAAUUACCCAAAAAUGAAAGUUCUGUAAUCACUUACUGACUUACAAACCUGUUUGGGUUUCUUUCUUUUGUUAAACACAAAAGAAGAUAUUUUGAAAAAUGUUGGAAACAUAUAACCAUUGAUUUCCAUACUUUACUACUGUGGAAGUCAAUGGGUACAGGUUUUCAGCUUGUUUCUAAUUAUUUUCUUAGGUGUUCAACAGAAGAAAGAAACUCGUAAAUGUUUGGAACCACUUGAGGGAGAGUAAAUGAUGAGUAAAAAGGAAUUUUUGCGUUAAAUCACAAUCACAAGCUUAUAUUGUUUAUUUCUGUCUGUGUGGUCAUGUAAAAGCUCAUAAUUUAACCCAGAUUGAAUCUAAACAUUAAAAAAAGCGUUAAAAAUAAUGUUAUAAAUGUUAAACCUAUACGCUUUCACAGCUAAGCACAAUCAAUUUAGUCAAAAUAUUUCAUAAUACAUGUCAGGAUAAUAUUGUAAACGCAUUUAAAUCUUUUCUUUUUUGUUCAUUUUGAUGACUGUUACCAUUUAAAAAGCUACCUUUCUUUCAUUUCAUUUCUAUCCUGUCACCCAAAGAUACUAUCUCUGUUAUCAUUUGUAUAUUUUCAUGUUUACUUUUCUCAAGUUACAAGCCUUACUAACUUCUUUGUCACUGUUUACUUGAAUAUUCUCUUAGUUUGAAGUAUUUGCUUCCAUGCUCUCUUCUAACCGCCAGCUUUGUGUUCAUUAGCAAACAAGUAAGUGUGAAACUGAUGCUAAUCCAUUAAGGUACAACAUGAAGUCAAUUUUAUUUUAGCAGCUUGUACACGGCUGUGCAUAUUCAUCCAUGAUAGCCGUGAACAUUUCUUCUCUGGAUUACUCAGAUCUGUGUUAUGCGUAUAGUUGUAUCUUAUUAAGGUGAAGCUAUGAAGCUAUGUUCAUGCCUGUUAUGAUCAUUUCAUGACACUUUAACUGCCCUUUGAAUUUCUUUAAAGCUUCCGUGUAAGAAUUUUUACAAAUUUUCUGGUUUGAUGCUAUAUAAUGGAUGCUUGAUUAUUCUCAUCCUGAAGCAGUUUUAGUAUUGAUGGUUUCAUUUUCCAGUUCGCUGCCAUGUUCAAAGCAGAAUCAAAUAAAUUCUAAUAAAAGUUAACCUCUGGAUUA